GUUUGUGUUUGACACGUCUCUGUGUCGUCAGCACUUUCGACGUCUCAGCACUGUGCGCGCGUGCGCACCUUCAAAAAAUUCCUAACUAAUGUCUUCCCCUGACAGCGUAUGAGUGAGCCCGCACACCUACACGGCUACUUUCACUUAGGAAAGAGGAAGUCGAGGAACUAAAUCGCAUUUCCAUUUCCUCAUGCCACCGGUUUUCCCCAGGUACGCCAAUAAAUAGGUGGACGGUGGAGCAUGGUGGCAAGUCAAAGCGAAGCACAUCGCUUGUUAGCGGACAGUGAGUGGAGAGGGACAGAUGAUGGACAUGAACAAGAUUCUCAUCUUUGGCCUUUUUCUCGUGCCCGUGUGGACGUGCAAAAUGAACCGGUGCUAUGAAGAGCACGAGCUGAGCGAGGCGGCACAGAGGAAGCUGAGGAGCCACUACCCGCAGAAGCCAGAGCCUUCAGUUGCGGCGGCACCUGACUCACCUGCGUCCUGCCCCGUGGCUCUUUACCAACAGCAGCCGCCUCAGCACCUCAGCGGGAGGUCCCUGUCCCCCUGGAGAUACGUACUUAUAACAAUGAAGGAUCACUUUCCUUCCACCUAUGCUGAGGCCCAGUGCCUGUGUUCAGGAUGCAUCCUCCUCCAGGACAACUCAGGCCAGGAAACGAGACCACUCCCAGUGGAGAGCCACGACUACAACUCAGUCCCUGUAAAGCAGAGCAGAGUGUUUCUCAAGAGGGAGCUCUGCAGUGAUGGAAAGACGUACCAUUUGAAGCCGGUCAGUGUGGAAGUAGCUGUGGGAUGUACCUGCGCCCGAGCCAAGACCUCCUCUUAGAGGGGGUCUCCCUAUGUCACUGUGGUAAAUCACAGUUAAUGUUGUGUUUGUUUUAAAACGCACCAAGUUCUCCGGAAACUCAGGGGUGUCGAGUCUUACAGUGUGACUGUUGGCUCAGAUGGAACACCUUUACACGCAGAUCACACCCCAGAGACCAUUAAUGAGGCUUCAAAAGUCACAUCAGCCUAUUUAUUUAUUUAUGAUGACAUGAUAACUCAUACAUCUAUAAUGUGUGUCUUGUAGGUCUUUAUAGGCCCUAGUUCCUCUGUUAUUGAAUUGUUUACAGCUCUGCAUAGUGCAGCUAAAGUAAACUGGGUGUUUUAGUACAUACUUCUUUUUUUAGCUAUUGUAUAGUUUUGUAAUACAAUAAUUUAACUGCUAAUAAUAUUCUAAUAAGUAUCUAUUUAUUUGGUUUGUUUUACAUGUGACAUAUUUGAGUAUUUAGAAGCUAUUGAUUGUUCAUGAGUGGAUGAAGAAGACUUUGUAUUCAUUCAUGUUGGAUAUCUUGUAGCUUUGUCCCAGUGGGACUUUACAAGUCUAACAAAGACUUUUAAGGAAGUUCAGCUUCAUUGAAGCAAAAUAAAGAAAGACGUUUAAAGAAAACAAA